AUGAACACAAUUUCCUUUCACAGUAAUGUUCCCCCUCUGGAAUCUAAUGCUAAAGCCCCCUUUGGUCGGGUGCGUCUCAAAGCGCUUGAAGCCAGUGGUGAAACUACUGCUCCUGCCGCUACAGUCCCAUCCUGGAUGAAAGAGAAGAGCUUAUCCAGGAAUGUGAACACACCGUCAUCUAACAGCAAGGAAAACAAUACGGUUCCAUCUGACUGGAGAUCAAUGCUAAAGCCUGUUUCAAAACCUGUCAGUAAUAUAGAAAGCAAGGGCUUACCCGCCAGGAGGACAGAAGCAGUUUCUUCUCCAAAGACAUCUGUUCCUGCUUCAUCUACAACAACCAUCUCUAUUAGCAUCAGCUCCUCCAAAACACCCUCAACUACCCCACUGAAAAAUGGGUCAAAACCUAAUGACUCCAGCAGCGUAUUUCCAGUUAGUCCCUCUGGGACAGAGACGCACAAAUCACACAAGCCGGGUUACAUUCCUAAAGAAGACAUUCAGAAAGAGCUGAAGGAGAUUGAGAUGAAUAUGAACGAGUUGGAGAAAAAAGGAGUAGAGCUGGAAAAACAACUCCGACAAUGUGAUGAGGAUGGAGAAGAGGACACAUUAAUGAAUGACUUAAUGGUGGACUGGUUUACCCUCAUCAGAAACAAGCAGGUCUACAUGAGACGGGAGUCUGAGCUUGUGUAUAUUGCCAGGACGCAGGAUCUUGAGGAAGAGCAGCCCAGUGUUGAUGCCGAACUCCGGAGACUUAUGGAGAAACCAGGUUAGCAUCACACUGAACAAGUCUAUCUU